UUUUUGCUGUAAUUGCUACGCCUACCUAAGUAUUUGCCGAUGCGCUAGGACACAGGUUAGGUGCGCGGAAAGUCGAUAAAUCAGGAUGGCGCAGCACGCGCGGAGACUCCUGCUUCCCGCUGGCCUUUGGGUCAGCUCAGGAGCCCUUGCUCUUGCAUAUGCGGCACCACGCGUGCUCGCCGACAAGGAGGAGAAGGCCGCUGGUGGUAGCGACCGGCUUUUCGACCCCGAGGCGCUCGAGCGCGGUGCGAAGGCGCUGCGCGAGAUUAACAAGUCGCCAUAUGCUAAACAAGCGCUGGAGCUGAGCCGGCAGCAGGAGAUCUCGAAGCAGGCGGAGCACAAGGAGAAGGAGGCGGACUACCGCCGCCAGGCCGCGGCCCUGGAGAAGGAGCGUGAGGUGGUGCGCUAUGAGGAGGAGCGCAAGCUGGAGGAGCAGCGCGCGCAGGUGGGCGCCCGCAUGAAGCAGUACGAGGACGAGCUGGCUCGCAAGCGCAUGAUGGCAGACCACGAGCUGCAGCGGCAGCGCAACGCCGAGAUGGCCAAACUGCAGGAGGAGGCCAGUGCUCGUGCCGAGCAGGAGCGGCUGCGGGUGGAGCAGCAGAUCCAGGCGGAGCGCCGCGCGGCCGAGCAGUACGCGGCCGACCUGCAGAAGCAGGUGCAGCGCGAGCGGGCGCUGGCGGAGGCGGAGGGGCGCAUCAAGGAGGCGCGCGAGAACGAGGACGUGAACAGGCGCGCCGCGCUGCUCAAGUACCAGGAGGAGACGCGGAAGGCCAUCGAGUCUAUCAACGCGGUGAUGGGGCACCUGGGUCAGGCGGCGCUGGAGCUGGUCACCGACACCAACAAGCUGCUCACAGCGGUGGGCGGCACCACGCUGCUGUUCCUGGGCCUGUUCGCCACCCGCGAGACCACCCGCGUGGUGGGCCGCACCGUGGAGGCGUGGCUGGGCACACCCAAGCUGAUCCGCGAGACGUCCCGCUUCAACGUGUGGAACCCCUCCACCUGGUCUCUGGGCCCGGCCAAGACCAAGGAGGACAUCAAGAAGGACUUCUCGGACAUCGUCCUGCACCGGGACCUUCACGACAUGGUGCGCCAGGUGGCCGCCUCCGCCGCCAACACCAAGGCCCACGGCGCGCCCUUCCGACACAUGCUGUUCUACGGACCCCCCGGCACGGGCAAGACCAUGGUGGCCAAGCGCAUGGCGCGCACCAGCGGCAUGGACUACGCCAUCAUGAGCGGCGGCGACGUGGCUCCGCUGGAGGGCAAGGCCGUCACACAGCUGCACCAGACAUUUGACUGGGCGGAGAAGAGCAGGCGCGGCCUGCUGCUGUUCAUCGACGAGGCGGACGCCUUCCUGGGCCGCCGCUCCGACGCCAUGAGCGAGGGCCUGCGCGGCGCCCUCAACGCCAUGCUGUUCCGCACAGGCGACCAGUCGCGCGACUUCAUGGUGGUGCUGGCAACCAAUCGCCCGGGUGACCUGGACGACGCCGUGCUGGACCGCAUGGACGAGGCGCUGGAGUUCGGGCUGCCCGGCGUGGCGGAGCGGCAGCGGCUGCUGGCGCUGUACCUGGACAAGUACAUCGCCAAGGCGGGCACGGACGAGGGCGGUGCGGGUGCGGGCAAGUCGGGCGGCCCCCUGUCCCGCCUGAGCUGGGUGCUCAAGGGGCGCAAGAGCUCCGCGGACGCCAUCGAGAUCGAGCCCUCCAUCAAUGAGGCGCUGCUGGCCGCCACCGCCAAGGCCACGGAGGGCUUCUCAGCCCGUGAGCUGGCCAAGCUGCUGGCGGCGGUGCAGGCGGCCGUGUACGGCGCGCCCAAGGCCGUGCUCACGCCCGAGAUCUGGCAGGGCGUGCUGCAGCGCAAGCUGUACGAGCACGCGGAGCGCCGCACCUUCCGCCUGGGGCACCACGGCACCGGCGACUCGACGUCGGUCACGGGCGGCGGCAAGCAGCAGUAGAGGGCGGCGGAGGGUGGAGGUGGCAGGGGAGAGACCCCCGGGCCUGGAGCAGCGGCCUCACUGGGUUAGGGCAGGGGCCCCGGGGACACUAAGGAGUUAACGGCGGGAGAGGGACGGGAGAGGGGGGAAGGAGGAGGGGAGGAAUGGAGGAGGGAGAAGGGAAGAGUGGACCAGUGCACAGGGCCCCAGCGGGUGGAAUCGGUGGGCGUGGUUGAGUGUGUCGGUGUGGACUGCGCUCAGCGUGGCUCUCUCUCGCGCGCGCGUGCUCCAGAGGUGGCUGCUGUAGAUGUGGUAGCUGCCCGGUGCGGAGUGACCAUAAGGCUUGGAGGGGUGUCCAGGUGGGGGCCCACAGCAGGCUAACCACCAAGGCAGUCGGCCGAGUCCGGCUGGCGACCUGCUGCAGCUGGUGAACUAUGAAUUGAGGCAGCGAGAUGUCAGAUGGUCUGGACGACCCUGUUGACGAGGCUUUUUGCCCGUUUGAUAUGAUUACGAAGGGUACGGUGUGUGCCCGUGCGUGGAUGUGCAAGAAAGGAGCCUGCAGGCGUGGAGUGAUGUGUGCGGGAGACACAAGCAGGCGUCGAAGGAGGGAGCAGGAGGACAUCAAGCACUCGAGCACAGUUUUGUGUGUUUGUGUCUUGCGGGCAAACUGGCGGGGCCUGUAGCGCGUAUGUCGCUGCGCGCUGGGUUCGGCCUUUGUCCUUGCUGUUGAGUACGGUAGUGCUCCUGUGAGCUCUGGAGCGGGCGGCAUCAACACACAGACCGGACUGCGUGUUUCAAGAAUCAUAAGGCAGAGGGUCGACACCAGAGUGCCAAAACCUGUGUUUGCGCAAUUGUGCAGAGGGUCGGAUUCGACGACACUCCAGGCUAACGACGUGCGAGGGGUGGUCCGCACCUGACAAGGGAGCUCGUGCAGGGUCACGGCAAUCGGCGUGAUGGUGUGUGUUCCAAGCUUGUGGACAGGCAGGAUGGUAGGCGCAGCAGGGGCCCGGGGCCCCUCCAUGUGUCGCUAGGGUUUCUGGAGCUGCUCGCACACAUAGCGGCCAGGCAGGGCCGUAGCUGUACUGCGCCAAGUGCCGCGGGCUCGCUUGCGGCUUGCUGUCAGUCCACACAACACCUGCAUUCCGGCUAUACCUGCCGGCAACCUUUCAGCCCAUGCUCAUUACCCCACGGCCCACGUCGCACGUCCGUUGGUGUCAUUAUCCUGCACGACCGCCUUCACUGCC